AUGUCGGGGAUGAAAUCGGGAAAGGCAUCCAUCGAAUUUCAUCACAUUUUUGGACGCAGAAGGCGUGGCUUUGGUCGUCGAGCAUCAGAACCCGGAUGUGACGCAAUUAAAGACGGUAGCGGAUGUAACUAUUACUACGACACAUGCGCAGACUGUACACUGAACCCAGAUCAAGACUGCCCUGGUUUCAAGGCGGCCGCCGACAACUACAGAGCAAGUUACGAGACACAGCUGUUACUGGAGAACGUCCAGGAUUGGACUUACAAAGUCAUCAGUGUUAACGUAGAUCGCACCAGUUUUGAUCCGGUAUCCAUGGGUUUCAAGAAGGUGGAAGCCACAGUGGUCAUCUUGGGUAAAAGCCUAAAGUUCUGGGCCAGCCAACCAGUGAACCCGAACGAUUCCGAAACAGCUGCGCCUGUCCUUGCUAUGCAAGCUUGGAACUUAUUCAAAGCCGUGUAAUUCUAAUAAAACACAUUUUACUUCUG